GAACAACUCGGUGUUAUGCCAAACCGGUAGGAGGAAUUGUAGUUUCACAACUGGUUGAAAGAUUUGAAAAGACUAUUCACAGCUGGCAGCUUGUAAUUGGCUGGCUAGUGAUGACAAUAGUCCCCACACAUCUUGAAAGCACAUGACAACAUGGCUUUCUCUUAUCCUUGAAAACAAUCUAGAAACUUGAUAUUUUUCAAUGGCUGUCGUACCACUUCAGACCAAACAUACUCUAGGUCGCAUCACCAACAACAUGUCAACAAGUCACCGUCCGUCGCUUCUCCGUGUACGUGUCACGUGCUCAGUUACUACCACCACCAAGUCUCGCCCGAACCGUCAAAACCUUGCGGCUGUGAAUCCUCCUCUGUCCAGUGACACAGCUUUGCGAUCUACAUGGUCCAACCGCUUAUGGGUUUCAGCUGGCUGCACCACCGUGUUUGUCUCUUUUGCCAAAUCUAUCAUUGGAGGUGGUUCAAACCUCUGGCUCGAACCAGCUUUAGCCGGUUUUGCCGGAUACAUAUUAGCAGAUCUAAGCUCUGGUGUGUACCACUGGGCCACCGAUAACUACGGAGAUGGGUCAACGCCUCUCGUAGGAACCCACGUCCAAGACUCUCUUGAUCACCACGAGUGCCCUUGGACUAUCACCGAACGGCAGUUUGCAGACAAUCUACACUUUCUGGCUCGUGGCACAACCUUGAUGGUUCUACCACUAGACCUUGCAUUUGAUGACCCUGUGCUCCAUGGCUUCGUAAGCACGUUUGCGUUUUGCGUGUUGUUUUGCCAGCAGUUUCAUGUUUGGGCUCAUGGAACCAAGAGCAAGCUUCCACCUCUUGUGGUGGCGUUGCAGGACACUGGACUGGUCGUGUCACGGAAGCGGCACGCGGAUCAUCACCGAGCACCGUAUAACAAUACUUACUGCGUGGUGAGUGGGGUAUGGAACAAGUGUUUGGAUGAUAAUAGGUUUUUUGAAGCGUUCGAGAUGGUGGUUUAUUUCAAGCUCGGGGUGAAGCCAAGGUCAUGGACCGAUCCAAACUCGGAUCAUUGAUUGUUUACAUAUAGAGUUGAAUCAUUUGUUUAGUAUUUACUUUGACCAUUUUUUGGUCAUGAUGGGGUCUGAUAACACCUUUUUAAACGUUGGGUUGUUAGUUAGUAGCUUAAGAAAAUAAAAGGUACAAAAAAAUUUGAGACUUUUUCCAUAAAAAUUUCUAAUUAUAAUGUGCUUGCGAUCACAAUAGCCCCCAAAGCUUAAUGUACACCACAGCAUUGU